CAGGAACAUAAUAUUCUGUAGUUAUUUGCUGCAUCAAUGGUCCAUAACCAGAGAACAUCGUGUAGGCCACUGAUAAAUCGCGUAUAAAACUAAUUUCACGAUAAUAAAAUCCUCGACUUUGUGGUUGAGCACGGACUAAUCUUCGAUGCCCGCAAACUGCAAUCCUCAUCUCUCCACGCAUUGCAGAGGCUACGGAGAUUAGAGCUCGUAAAGAGAACCAUCGAACCCUGUGAUUCGAAUUGGAUCCACCGACCUAACUCCUCCGUUAACUUAAUGACAUAGAAAACCAUUCGGGAACAACCUGUGAACGUUUACGUACGAUUCUGAGGUUGCUUCCACUGACAAAAAGGCCGGGGGCAUCGAUUACAUACCCAUUCUUUUUCUUUGUUGUAGAAUCCUGACGUUAUGGGCUCGAGCAGCGGAGGUAAGAAGAAAUAUGUCAACUACAGGAACAGGCAGAGGGCACAGAUGAGUUUUUUCAUCGUCGUCAUAUUUUUUGCUAUAUUUGGGUUGAUUGUAUUCGCCGAAAUAUUUUUGAUAGAUGAGAGAGGCAGAGGGGCUGGAGUUUUGGUGAGACAUGGUUCCUUGGUGUAUCACUCGAGACAGCAGGAGAUAAAUGAGUAUGAAGAAUCAUUGCAGAACGAUGAUUACAUAUCAAUUCGUCUAGGUUCUGACUUAGGCAGCCUUGACAAUAGCAUUGGAGCGCUCUUACUAGGAAGAAAUCAGGCGCCAAUACCAGUGGGUGUUGACGAUGCUGAAAUUCAGUCUUCCAAAGAUAUUUUAGAGAAUAAUCACUCAUUUUAUCCUACUCAUCUGAGCCCUUCGAAAGGAAGUUGGCAGAUAGUAAACGGAACUAGAUAUAAGUUUUUUGUAUUCUCCGCUUUCUAUGACCGACGAAAAUUACAGAGAUCUAUUAGAAUAAUUGCGGCAACAAAAACCAGAGGGCCGGACAAAGUGUCCUGUAAAUUCUGGUACAAAUCCGCUGACGAUAAUCCGGCUAAUUUCACCUCGAAAUGGGUGCCGGCGAAGAUAAGGGUUAUCCGAGAAAAUUGGAAUUUAAAAUACAGCGCUUGUUUCGUGAUGUGCCCACUGGCACAUAAUCAAACAGCGCCUAAUUUCGUUUCUGUGGUCGUUAGGAAGAACUCUAUGCCGACUAAUCUUCUGGAGGUCACAGAUAAUUAUAAUGAGACCAAGACUGUAAAGAAGUUUGCUGUUUGCGUCAAGCCUCUGCAUUUUAGUUAUAAUAGGGCUCUCCAGAUUUUAGAAUUCAUCGAACUGAAUAGAAUAAUGGGAGUUGAACAUUUUACCUUCUACAAUCACACCAUAGGACCACAAGUCAACUGUCUCCUGAAGGACUAUAUCGAACAGGGGUUGGUAACAAUGCUUCCCUGGCAGCUAGACAUGAUCUCACAGAAGGAAAUUAGGACCGAAGGUCUGUUUGCUGCAUUGAACGACUGUUUGUACAGGUCCAUGUACAGAUAUUCGCACGUCUCUCUAAUCGAUUUGGACGAAUACAUAGUUCCUAGACAUAACGAUACCCUACCGCAGCUCAUAGAUUUUCUCAAUCGACGAAUGAACACACGGACAACUGGCUCAUACUCCUUUCAAAACGCGUUUUUCUACCUUCAAUGGGGCGACGACGACUCCGUGUACAAUUCCAACGAUCCAAUAGCUACCAAUUUGGUCAUCCUAAAGAAGACGAGGAGAAGAAGUAAGCUACAUCCUCAUAAGCAAAGAUCAAAGUACAUCUGCAGACCAGAGCUAGUAGUGGAAGCUGGGAACCACUUCGUUUGGGAAUUUUUGCCAGGACACGGCACCUUGAACGUACCCCCUGACGCCGCCAUCUUGCACCACUACAGGGUGUGUGAAUUUGGCGGUAACGACUGCAUAAAGACGCCUUCAACAGUGGAUACCACCGCUUUUAGGUAUAGAGACCGGUUAGUGGGUAGAGUGAGUGUCAGUUGGGAGAAGAAUAAGAACAAGUGCGAACUCGAUGAUCCGCCCUUACCACCGAGUAGGGUUUUCAGUAAAAUCAUGAAAAUAUUGAAGUCCUCUGAGGAGAGGUAAUGGUUGAAGAGAAGAUUUUGUUGAAUUAAUUCUCGAGGAUGUGUAGAGGCAAUCAAGCUGGUCGAAUGGCGAAUUGUAGGCCGGAUUAGAGUCAUAGAAGAAAUAUAGAUUGAUUGAAAGAACAUAGAUUCAUACACAGAAGAAAUUCUAUCGUGCAUUGUACAGUAGUGAAAAGAUUCAACAACAAAGCUAAGAACAAACAAAGAUAUUGUUGAUCCAACAGUUAUCUCCAAACCAACUCAAUUUGAUGUUAGGUUAGAGUUUCAAUAAGAGGUUAUUGAACUACUGCUAUCUAUGUACUACAGUUUCUAUGGUGUAUCUUUCUUUUUCUUGACAAAGAGAACGUAUGUGUGGAAUAGUGAUGAACGAAGAGGUUAAUGUAGAAAGGAAAAUAAUUGAAGCAAUAUUGAAUCUUCGGCGUAUAAUUCACUACAUAUAAACACCAACCGAAAUUACCAGAUUAUUUUGCAGAAAAUAUUAGUUGUAUUUGUAGCUAGACAGAAAAUUUUUUCAAUGAACACAACGCAUUAUUCCAAGUAUGCUCUCAAAACAGAGACAUAUCUUCUUUUACUGUUAUUGGAGGCAUUUCAAAUAGGUCACUACACUAUCUACAAUUAUUUCCUUAAACUUAAGUCAAUAUUCAAAAAAUAUCAUUAAAAUAGAAAUCAUUCAAUUCACCGCGAUCUUGUAUAUUGUAUAUAUUUUAAUGAGGAAUUGAUUUACCAUAAUUUUAAUGUCAAGCUGAAUUUUUAUGUCAUUUUAUCUUAUAAGGAUAUUUCUACAUACCACAAGAAAGCUUUUGAAGUAAAAUCAUGAAGCUUUAUAUAUUUUAUUUCAAAGCGUAUACCUCAAUUGAAACCUAACUAUUUUUUCAAUAAAAACUCUUGACGUAAAUUCAAAAUUUUUCCUUGAAGCUGUAAGUUAAAAUGAAAUCGAAUGGAGGGUUCUUACCAGUUUUAAAGAUUUUCUUCUGAAACACAGUUCGGUUUCAAUAGUGGUGAAAAAUAAACAGUUUUACAUCAAAAACUGCACAAAGAAGUCGUGUGACACAAUCCUAAGUAUUUUUUGGAUAAAGAACUGCUAUAACCUCACAUUUUUGUAAGACAUCCACCACUAAUUGGUUUCGCACAAUUGGUAGUUUUGUAAAUAUAUAUUUUGUAUGUAAAGUAUUCUGUGAUUUAUAUGGAGUUUUGUUAUACUCUAUGUUCGAUUUUUUAUGCUGUGAUUAUUAUUUUUCCAACAAAUAAAACCAUUUAAGUUUGA